AUGGCAAUACCAUCAACGUAUAACGAGGUGAAACUUCACCUGCAACAAGUCCAACGCGACCCCUCCGUUCGCUUAGACAUUCCCAUCAUUGACAAACUGAAGCUGCAGCUUACAGAGAGCACGGAUAGCAGUGUUCCUGCAACUCUCUUGCCGCUGGUCUCACAGCUGCUUCCUGUACUCCAAGAGGACCCCACUCCUAUCACUACUCUUGCUAUCAAGGCUACAGCAUAUACCAGCUUCGCUGAUCUCCGUUCGGUCGAUCCCCCGAUCGAUUUCAUUGCGGGCUUCAAGGCACCAUCGCCACCCAUUAAUUCGCUAGCUUUAGCUUUACUGAGCAAGGCGGGACAGACGCCCAGCGACGCCGCCAUCGUGGGUGGUGACUCUGAGCUGGUCGCUUCUUUGGUAGAACUCUGGCUCUCGACUUCCUCAACUGCAGUCGCUCAGGCUGCAUUCGAUGCUAUCUGGGCACUAUUAGAAGUUGAUCUGACAAGCCCCUUAGAGAAUGGGGAAGGCUCCAAUGAAGGGCAAGAGGCUACUGGAGGGCAGGGUCUUGUGUGGAGGAGGGUUUUCACCGACAGAGACGUUUACGGGCGCUUAUUUUCAUUGUGCAGUCUUACUGAGAACGGCCCUGGAAGCCUGACGAAACGCGACAAAACCGUAGCCCAAGGCCGGCUGAUGGGCUUUCUUGCGAAGGCUGGAAACCUGCGGUGGGACAUUAUCUCAAGCUCCCAAAUAUCGGAUAUCGAGACUAGAUACAAUAGUAGCAGCCUUCUGCAUUUUGCGGCUUGUGAAAUGGUCGAUAAAACUGAUGUUCUGAUGCAUAUGACCUUGUUGAACUUCUUCCAUGACCUCCUGGAGAUCCAGGCCCCGGGCCUUAUUGCUCGGUCCUUUGUCCAGGCAGCAUCUACUUUCUCGUCCCCCGCUCUUGACUUCCUUAUUUCGCAGAAUAUACAUUCCUCUCUCCUGAGUUACUACUUGGACGAGUCGAAGUUGGACCCUGUGGAUCUGAACUAUCUAUGUGGUCCUAUCAUGGCUUACGUUGCGCAGUAUGCGGAGUUGUAUCCUAAUCAUUUUCUACAAAACCCCAAGCAUCUAUUAGACCGAAUCUUAUCACGGAUUUCCGCGUCGGUGACUAUCUCGUCCGCUCAAUGGGCACAUGGGCCUGUCCCAAGCGGCCAACUCAAUGUGCUUUCUUGCAUUCCCCGAGUUCUGCUUGUGGAGGCUACUAAACAGGGCUUGAAUCCUGUUCUUGCUCUUCCCACGAGCCCACCCAACAAGGAGGCAUUGGAUGUGUUGAGCAGGAUUCUUCACGGCCCUUCAAAACUAUACCUUCCUGAUACGAUGGAGCUCAAUACCUCUGGUCAGACAGCCACAGAUUGGCAUAAAGAGGCAGCAGCAGCUCGGAUACUGUACUUUAUGUACUUGAACCAACACAGCACUUUCUGGACGGACGUCGUCGCUGCGGCUGAUAUUUUGGCCAUGAAGGACGUCUCUCUAGCAGCCAUUUCCUUCAUGAGAUCUAUUAUCACAGCAAACUGGGAGAAGCUUUCCGUGGAAGUAACUUCUUCUGUUCCAGGCACAUCUCGGUACCAGCUUCCUUCUGAACAGGGCUUGGGCAGUCUGUCCCCAGCUUCCCAAGGAGUGCUUCCUUCAUCGGGCGCCUGGGCAGCUCUCACCCCACCAGCGUUGACCGUUCUCCUACCUUAUCUUUUCAAGGCACCCCGCUCAUAUGCCGAGUUUGUUGCAGGUGGCGCAGGCGAUUCGCAAAAUGCAGUUUGGAAAGUUGCAACAGCGAAAUACGAGGUGCUAGUGGCAUUGCACAAUCAUCUAAAGGAAACGGGCGGUGAUAUGGCAGGAUUCGAGGAUAUUAUGCGCACACUACAGCAGAGGGUAAGCGAAGGACCAUGGGGACCAGUGACGCAUGGUGGAAGCCAGGUUGAGACUGUUGGUCUAUAA